AUGUUCUCCCCCACGGACACUUGCCCACUACUUGCCCCCUACUUGCCCACUACUUGCCCACUACUUGCCCCCUACUUGCCCACUACUUGCCCCCUACUUGUCCCCUACUUGCCCCCUACUUGCCCACUACUUGUCCACUACUUGCCCCCUACUUGUCCCCUACUUGCCCCCUACUUGCCCCCUACUUGUCCACUACUUGUCCACUACUUGCCCCCUACUUGCCCCCUACUUGCCCACUACUUGUCCACUACUUGCCCCCUACUUGCCCACUACUUGUCCACUACUUGCCCACUUCUUGCCCCCUACUUGUCCACUACUUGCCCCCUUCUUGCCCACUACUUGCCCACUACUUGCCCCCUACUUGUCCACUACUUGCCCCCUACUUGUCCACUACUUGCCCACUACUUGCCCACUACUUGUCCACUACUUGCCCCCUACUUGCCCCCUACUUGCCCACUACUUGCCCCCUACUUGUCCACUACUUGCCCCCUACUUGCCCACUACUUGCCCCCUACUUGCCCACUACUUGUUCACUACUUGCCCCCUACUUGCUCCCUACUUGCCCACUACUUGUCCACUACUUGCCCACUUCUUGCCCCCUACUUGUCCACUACUUGCCCCCUACUUGCCCCCUACUGGUUCACUACUUGCCCCCUACUUGCCCACUACUUGCCCCCUACUUGCCCACUACUUGUCCACUACUUGCCCACUUCUUGCCCCCUACUUGUCCACUACUUGCCCCCUACUUGCCCCCUACUUGUCCACUACUUGCCCCCUACUUGCCCACUACUUGCCCACUACUUGUCCACUACUUGCCCACUACUUGCCCACUUCUUGCCCCCUACUUGCCCCCUACUUGCCCUCUACUUGUUCACUACUUGCCCCCUACUUGCCCUCUACUUGUUCACUACUUGCCCACUUCUUGCCCCCUACUUGCUCCCUACUUGCCCACUACUUGUCCACUACUUGCCCACUUCUUGCCCCCUACUUGUCCACUACUUGCCCCCUACUUGCCCACUACUUGCCCCCUACUUGCCCACUACUUGCCCCCUACUUGUCCACUACUUGUCCACUACUUGCCCACUACUUGUCCACUACUUGUCCACUACAUGCCCCCUACUUGUCCACUUCUUGCCCCCUACUUGUCCACUACUUGCCCACUUCUUGCCCCCUACUUGUCCACUACUUGUCCACUACUUGUCCACUACUUGCCCCCUACUUGCCCACUACUUGCCCCCUACUUGUCCACUACUUGCCCCCUACUUGCCCACUACUUGCCCACUUCUUGCCCCCUACUUGUCCACUACUUGCCCCCUACUUGUCCACUACUUGCCCCCUACUUGUCCACUACUUGCCCCCUACUUGCCCACUACUUGCCCACUUCUUGCCCCCUACUUGUCCACUACUUGCCCCCUACUUGCCCACUUCUUGCCCCCUACUUGUCCACUACUUGCCCCCUACUUGUCCACUACUUGCCCCCUACUUGCCCCCUACUUGCCCACUACUUGCCCACUUCUUGCCCCCUACUUGUCCACUACUUGUCCACUACUUGCCCCCUACUUGUCCACUACUUGUCCACUACAUGCCCACUACUUGCCCACUACUUGUCCACUACUUGCCCCCUACUUGUCCACUACUUGUCCACUACAUGCCCACUACUUGCCCACUACUUGUCCACUUCUUGCCCCCUACUUGCCCCCUACUUGCCCUCUACUUGUUCACUACUUGCCCACUUCUUGCCCCCUACUUGCUCCCUACUUGCCCCCUACUUGCCCCCUACUUGCCCACUACUUGCUCCCUACUUGCCCCUAA